AUGGAGGACUCAACAGCUAUUAACAGUGAACGUGAUCGAUUAGUUACGACACCAGCAUCAACAACGGGAGUACUCAAUCCACGUGGACCGUAUUUAAAAUGGGUUGCUGUAUUUUUCAUGUGCUUUUUAUCAUUUGGUUCAUAUUAUUGCUAUGAUAAUCCAGCGGGUUUACAAGAUGUCAUGAAAGAUGAUUUGAAGAUUUCGUCGUCGACUUUUACAUCUUUCUAUUCAUGGUAUUCGUGGCCUAAUGUCGUACUGGCAGCUGUUGGUGGUAUUUUGAUUGAUAAAUGGCUUGGUGUUGCUCGUGGUGCGACUGUCUUUUGCGCUUUUAUUCUUGUUGGACAAGUCAUUUUUGGUCUCGGCGGUUACUGGCGUUUAAUCUGGCUGAUGAAUACCGGUCGAUUCAUCUUUGGUAUUGGCGGUGAAUCACUUUCAAGCGCACAGAAUGCAUAUGCGGUCGCGUGGUUCUUCGGCAAACAACUGAACUUCGUCUUCGGCCUUCAACUUUCAUUUGCUCGAGUGGGAAGUUUGGUCAAUAUGAAUACAAUCCAUCGUAUCUAUGAUUCACUUGAUCCAAGUUUAACUGGCCCACAUCGUAUUGGUACGACACUUUUAAUUGCUGUAUCAACUUGCGUGGUCUCGCUGGCAUGUGCAUUGAUCCUUUGGGUGUUGGAUAUCCGACGACGUAAAGUUAUUCAAGAAGACAAUCCACCAGAUCCAAAUGACGAAUUUCAUAUUCGAGGUAUAAAACUGAAACAUUCGACAUUUCUCCGCCUCCCUCUACUGUCACAAUUACUUUUCGAAUCGAAAUACAAUCUAUCACCGGCUUGGUCCAACGCAUGCAACAGUUUAGUUUACUUCAUGUCAGCUAUACUUUCACCAAUUCUCGGCUAUGUCGUUGAUCGAACCGGUAGAAAUCUUUAUUGGUUAAUGGGCAGUAUAACAACAACUAUUAUUGCACAUGCACUUCUUGCAUUUCUUUUCAUUCAUCCGGUGGUUCCUUUGGUUCUCAUGGGUAUUUCAUACUCGAUUUUAGCUGCAUCUCUAUGGCCUAUGGUCGCCUUUCUUGUCCCCAAGAAAAUGUUAGGUACAGCUUAUGGCUUCAUGCAAUCGAUUCAAAAUCUCGGUCUGGCCGUUAUGAACAUCUUUACCGGUUUAAUUCUCGAUAGUUACGGUUAUUUCAUGUUGGAAAUCUUCUUUAUCAUCUGUCUCGAAAUCGCUUUGUUAGCAGCUGCGUUUCUCUACGUCUAUAAUUCGGUUAAGAAAGGUAUGCUCAAUGAUUCUCCAACUGUUCGUCGUGUUAAACAAGCGGAAAUCGAUGCGAAAACAAAUACAACCAUAAACAAUAUCGGUGAAUCCCUCGCAUCAUCCGAAGAUGACAAUAAAGUUUCUUAUACUUAA